AUGGUAAAGGAAGAUGUAAAUGACAGUGAAGAUUUUGAACCAUCAGUAUGUGAGAGAAGUGGCAUGAUUCCCAUGCAUGAGCAAAGUGAGCAGGGACCAACAGCAGAUGCCAAAGGUACUGAUGGGAAUGUACAAACAGAAGAAACUGCUCUCUUGAACCACUGCACUCAGCAACCUCCAGAACCAACAGCAGGGUCUUCAUCACCUGCAGGAACAUGGAGGCAAAUAUUUGCUUGUCCUCCUCAGGGUUUACUGGCCCAAACAGUGACAAAUGUUGCAUUUGUGGUCCUGAUUUGGGCUGUGGUUUGGUCCAUAACUGGGGCUGAGUGUCUCCCAGGUGGAAAUCUCUUUGGAAUUCUGUUUCUUUAUUUCUUUGCUGUCAUCGGAGGUAAAAUUUUUGGAUUAAUUAAAAUACGAACGCUACCCCCUCUUCCUGCUCUUCUGGGGAUGCUACUUGCUGGUUUCCUAAUCCGAAAUACCCCGUUCAUCAGUGACUUUGUGCAGAUAAACCUACGCUGGUCUGCAGCACUGAGGAAUAUUGCUCUUUCCAUUAUCUUGACCCGAGCAGGACUUGGCCUGGAUCCAAAGGCUCUUAAGAAGCUCAAAGCUGUCUGUUUACGGCUUGCUUUUGGACCGUGCCUCUCAGAAACAGGCACAGCUGCUGUCCUUGCCUACUUGUUCCUGCACUUGCCAUGGCAAUGGGGAUUUAUAUUAGGUUUUGUUCUAGGUGCAGUCUCCCCUGCUGUGGUGGUUCCCUCCAUGCUGAUUUUACAAGCUGGGGGAUACGGGGUGGAGAAAGGUGUCCCAACUUUGCUAAUGGCAGCCGGCAGCAUCGAUGACAUUCUGGCUAUCACAGGCUUCAACACCUGCCUUGGGAUGGCUUUCUCUUCUGGUUCUACUCUCUACAAUGUGCUCCGUGGCGUGCUCGAGGUCGCUCUUGGCAUAGCAGCUGGGGGAAUUCUGGGAGUGUUUAUUCGAUAUUUCCCAAGCCAUGACCAGGCAUCUUUGGCAUGGAAGAGAUCAUAUUUUGUACUUGGACUGUCCAUGUUUGCUGUUUUUGGCAGCAUCUACUUUGGCUUCCCUGGAUCAGGAGGUCUCUGCACAUUAGUCUUAGCUUUUGUUGCAGGUGUGGGAUGGUCUGAUGAAAAGAGGGAAAUAGAAAAAAUUGUGGCAGUUGCAUGGAAUAUCUUUCAACCUUUUCUUUUUGGUUUAAUUGGAGCAGAAGUAUCUGUUACAUCUCUUAGGCCUGAAACCGUUGGGCUCUGUGUUGCUAUAUUAGGCAUUGCCCUAGUUGUGCGAAUCAUAGCAACGUUCCUGAUGGUAUCUUUUGCUGGGUUUAAUUUCAAGGAGAAGGUAUUUGUCUCAUUGGCAUGGAUUCCCAAAGCCACUGUCCAGGCUGCAAUAGGUUCUCUUGCCCUGGAUACAGCAAGACGACAUCGAGAUGAGCAACUGGAAAAGUACGGAAUGGAUGUACUGACAGUAGCAUUCUUGGCUAUCUUGAUCACUGCUCCAAUUGGAGCCCUGGUUAUUGGCUUGGCAGGGCCCAGACUUUUGCAGAAGGCUCAAACAAAUAGCAAGGAGGAUGAGGAAGGUGCAGAGGUUGGAGAAGAAGCAGAGGCCUGUGAACCUUCAUAA